AUGCCAACUUCGGAGAUCCAGCCUGGCCACUUCCUUGCGCGCUCGCCUGCGCCUGCAUGCGAUGCGAGUGAGUGUGGGCAGACUGUUCAGGACAGCUCUUCGGGCAGUGCCAGGGAGAUUCUUGCUGGCUUGAGCCGCAUGAUGCCCAAGGCUGCUUAUACCCCAUCAACCCCCGAGAGCCGACCUGAUACCUCGACGUUGGCGGCAGCUGACUUCGAUGUUGAUGUUCGCUCUGGUUUUCUGCCUCCGGAGCCGCCUCUGGAGCGUCUUCCGGGUCCCUCAUAUGACGUGCAGCACACUACGUACGACUCAGCGGAGCCUUCCCUGUGGGAGUCCAUGUUUGACUGGGCCAAGUCGAUUCCGCUUGAAGUGGGAGCCAAAUACACGGACAACUCGCGCGCAGAGGAGGCACGUCGCUGGCGCCGUGCGGUCCGCGCCAUGCCUGUAGUUCCGCUUAGCGACCAGGAACUUGGCCAUAUCCGGACAGCCCGUCGUGCCUGUCUUGUUUUGGCUUUCUUGUCGCACCUGUAUAUGCAUGCCCAGCCUGACGUGGGCCAAUACGAAGCAGACGUGGACAAAGCAGCCGCGAUUGCAGCUGAAGCGGCCCCCGCGCCCAAGGCUUGGUAUGACUUUUGGUCGACCGAAGACGCCGAGGCCUCUGCGGAAGCCCGCGGCGAGUACGUCGGGCGCCUUCCUGGCUGUCUUGCAACCCCACUCCAGAUUGUCAGUGAGCAUCUGGGCCUACCCCCCGUGCUCACCUAUGCUACCACCGUCCUGUGGAACUGGACGCUUAAGGACCCCUCGGCUGGCCUCGUUGCCGACAACAUGCAAAUCAAGGAGACUUUCACAGCGACCUCGUCUGAAGCUCACUUUUACUUGAUCUCGCUCUUAAUUGAGUUACAGGGUGUGGAAGCCUUGACGCUGAUGCGUAUCUCGCUCAAUGAAGCCUUUGCAGUGGACGAGCUCGCAGAGAAGCGCAUUGCCUGCUACCUAGAAGAGCUGGCUGGUAUCAUUCGCAAGCUGACCAAACUCCUGGGCGAGAUGUACCCCGGAUGUGAUCCCAAUGCAUUCUACUGGCAAAUCCGCCCUUGGUUCCGGGCGGGCGAUGCUACCUACAGCAUGCAAGAGUCGAACCGUGGGACAGGCUGGUUCCUGGAAAGCCAAGCCUCGGAGCCCGAACACUCGAUGUGGACUGGUCCGAGUGCUGGCCAAAGCACGCUUAUCCAUGCUCUUGAUCUUUUCUUGGACGUGGAUCACGCACGCACCAAGCGGCCUAAAGACGGAGAGGCUGCGCCGGAUACCCGCCCCGCAUCCGAUGCAACCUUUAUGGAGCGCAUGCAGAUGUACAUGCCGCUGUAUCACCGUGCUUUCUUGCGCCACCUCCAGCAUGGCAUUAGCACCGAGCCUGCGGUGGGCCCUCCCCGGGAGGGUGCGGAGCCAGAAUCCUCGGACCACCCGAUUCGUGCGCUGGUUCUUCGGUGCCGUUGGGCGGGUGAAGACCACCCCUUGGUCAAGGCGUACGACGAGGCGCUUCGUGCGCUUCGUUCGUUGCGUGACGAGCACAUGCGUAUUGCGAUGCAAUACAUCGUCAAGCCUGCUCGUGCAGGUCCCCCUAACGCCAAGCGUUCUGCGGCGCCCAAAGAUGGCGAGAUCCGCGGCACAGGCGGUACGGCACUAGUCUCUUUCCUGAGCGAUUGCCGCAAAAAUACGACAGACGCCAUGGUCGAGCGUAUGCGUCGUGCGUAA